CUCAGUCUCGCUCCGCUCGCAGUAAAACCAGAACGAUGGCAGAAGCCGCUCCCGCUCCAGCCGCCGCACCGCCCAAGGCUCCCAAGAAGAAAAGCGCCGCCCGGCCCAAGAAAGCCGGCCCCAGCGUCGGGGAGCUCAUCGUCAAGGCUGUUUCGCAGUCCAAGGAGAGGAGCGGCGUGUCUCUCGCCGCCCUGAAGAAAGCUCUGGCCGCCGGCGGCUACGAUGUGGACAAGAACAACUCCCGCGUCAAGAUCGCCGUUAAGAGCCUCGUGACGAAGGGCACUCUGGUGCAGACCAAAGGCACCGGCGCGUCGGGCUCCUUCAAGCUCAACAAGAAGCAAGCCGAGCCGAAGAAGCCGGCUAAGAAAGCAGCGACCAAGCCCAAGAAGGCGGCCGCCAAGAAGCCCGCCGCGGCCAAGAAGCCCAAGAAGGUAGCGGCGAAGAAGCCCGCGGCCGCCAAAAAGUCGCCGAAAAAAGCCAAGAAGGUAGCGGCGAAGAAGCCGGCGGCCGCCAAGAAAGUCGCCAAGUCUCCCAAGAAAGCCAAGAAGCCGGCGGCCCCGAAGAAGGCGGCCAAGAGCCCGAAGAAAACAAAGGCCGUCAAGCCCAAAGCAGCCAAGCCCAAGGCGGCGAAAAAGGCCGCCGCCAAGAAGAAGUGAACGCG